CCCAAAAAGAAAUGCAUUGAUUUCACUCUUCCUUUCCCUCUCCGUUCUUCUUCUUCUUCUUCUUCAUCAUCUUAAAACACAGGGCACCUUCCACAACACAGUUUGUUAAUAAUAAUUCCAACGCCCCACAUCGAUUGUUUUUUAAAAAAAACCCAGUUUUUCAUUAAUGUCAAUGUAGCAGAUAAUACCCUUUUGUUGUUUCAAUUCUAUUAAUCACAUUCAUGGAGUUUUAUGCAACAAAUCCUGGACCCAUUGAUGAUUCUGUUUUGUAUGAUCAAGAAAAGCAUGUUUCAUCAGCAAUUUGGGAGGGUCAGGAACGUGGUGUACUAAGAUGUCACGAACACACUUCAAAGCUUGAUCAAUGGACACUUACGUCGAAACAGAUUGAAUUAGUAAAGAGGGCAGGAUUUGGCUACUUAAGAUUGAUACCAGCAAUAAGUCUUGAUAACUCGCUCAUAUCUGCUCUUGUCGAAAGAUGGAGAAGAGAAACAAAUACUUUCCAUUUUACUGUAGGCGAGAUGUCAAUAACUCUCGAAGACGUUGGUUACCUUAUUGGGCUCCCAAUUGAUGGGGAACCUGUGAUAGGUGUAACUUACACUACAUGUGAUGCUGUAUGUAUGCAGUUUUUAGGUCGAACCCCUGACUCUAGAUCAACGAGUGGUGGUAUGGUGAAGCUUAGUUGGUUGAAAGAGAGCUUUUCUCGAUGUCCUGAGAAUGCUCCACUUGAUGAAGUGGAGUGCCAUACACGUGCUUAUCUUCUAUACCUUGUUGGUAGCACCAUUUUUUCUACCACUACUGGCAAUAAGGUUCCUGUGAUGUAUCUUCCCUUAUUUGGGAACUUUGAACAGGCUGGGAGGUAUGCAUGGGGUGCAGCAGCAUUGUCAUUUUUAUAUAGAGCUCUUGGUAAUGCUUCUCUUAGAUCCCAAUGCACCAUUAGUGGUUGCUUGACCCUGCUACAGUGCUGGAGUUAUUUUCGCCUAAGUAUUGGUCGACCGAGGCUUAAGCUUGAUCCGAAGCAUGAUAGAUUUCCAUUUGUAUUUAGAUGGAAAGGGAAGCAUACUGGUCCAACAACCAACCGGGAUAUAACUUUUUAUCGUAAAUCACUGGACUCCUUGAAGCCUUCUGAAGUAAGUAAUGUUGAUUGGUGCCCGUACAUAAGCAUCAAUGACACGCUUUUACCCGAGGCUAUAAAGGAUAAUCUUAUUCUUGGAAGAUCAAAUACAAUGUUGAUAUGCUUUGACAAGGCGGAAAGGCACCUGCCUGAUCGUUGCCUAAGGCAAUUUGGCAUUAGACAGCCUAUCCCUCUUGAUGUGCACCAAUGGGAAAGGAAGAGUCGUGGAGUUGAUGGUGGGGUUGACUUGUCCACGAAAAUGGAAACAGAGCUUUGUGAAUGGUCAGAGCGUCAUCUCCGUGUUGUUGAUGUUGACGAAGAUGUUGAAGAAAGUGAAUACUUGCACUGGUACUUAAAAAUCACCCGGAAGGUUGUCGGAAGACCGAUUCCCAUAUCUUCCGAAUUUCAAAGAAUGAGUGCAGCAUUGAGGGAUAUAGCAAGUAUAGCUGACAUGAUGUCAACACUAGGGAUGGAUGAACAUCAAGUGCAAGCAAUGACAAGAAUCAGGCACCUUGCUCACAAUUGCUUAAGGGACCAAAUUGGAAGCAUGAUAAUUACAGAUGUAACUGAUUCUGAUCAGAAUGAAGUUGAAAGAAAAUUUAGAGGGAAAGAAAGGAUAAGAAGAAAAGGCAUGGGUGGAAAACGCAGACGAAAAGACGGCCCAGGACACUUCCAGUCAGUUUCAAGUCAUCGACAGUUUUGUAUGGCGUCAGCAUCUAUUGAUAUGAUUGACCCCACUGCACCAAUUUGUCGUCUUGAAAAUAAUGACGUUGAAAUAUGCCUUCCUACUUCUAGUGUACAAGAUGAUUCUCAAUUAUGUUAUAUGACAACUAAGGCAGAUGAAUCACAGCAGAUUUCCGAUGCUGCAAAUGAAAUCUAUGACUUGAACUUUUGUGGAGCGGCUGAAGAAGUUGAUGACAAUUUACUUUCUGGUUCGGCUGUUGAUGACCGUUCUCUUGAUGAUGGUGACAUUGCACAACAAAAUGAUUAUAGUGUUCUGGUUUAGAGGCUAAUAUAUAUGAAAGAUUUGCUUGGUAAUUUAAAGUUUACAUUUUCUUGACAACCAUAUUGAGCUGUGUCUUGCAUCAUAUAGAAGAGACAUGUGACUGACUACAUACCAAACUGAAUAUUGAUAUGGAUUUUGUUUAAUAUAUCUAUACCAUCAUGUUCAUAUUGUUAACA